AUUCCAUGACGACUUCCGGCAUAAUUUCACAACUGCUCCAUGUGGUUGGGAGUACUUGUCCUCCGUAUGUAAAGAACCCAUAUUUAUAGACAUGGAGUACAUGAGGGAAAAUCAAACACGUUCUGUAAACUUCAUAUUAUGCUGCCAAUGUGGAACCCAGAUAGAACCCAACCCUACCAACAUGUGUGUAGCAUGUCUAAGGACCCAGGUCGAUAUUACAGAGGGUAUACCCAAACAAGGAGUCCUGUACUUCUGUAGAAACUGUGAGAGAUAUUUACAACCUCCAAAUCACUGGGUCGUUGCCGCUCUUGAGUCCAGAGAACUUCUAUCUGUAUGUCUGAAGAAAUUAAAAGCUGGUCUUAGCAAGAUACAUUUGGUAGAUGCUGGCUUUGUGUGGACAGAACCUCACUCACAGAGGAUAAAAGUCAAGCUAUCAGUUCAGAAAGAGGUGAUGAACAGUGCCGUACUCCAGCAGGUGUUUGUAGUGGAGUUUGUUGUUAAUAAUCAGAUGUGUGAUGACUGCCAUCGAGUGGAGGCUAAAGAUUUCUGGAGGGCCGUCGUACAGCUACGACAGAAGACGGAUCAUAAGAAGACAUUUUAUUAUCUGGAGCAGCUGAUUCUGAAGCACAAGGCACAUGUUAAUACUGUCAAUAUCAAACCUCUUCAUGAUGGACUGGACUUUUACUAUGGUCAUAAAAAUGAUGCUAGGAAGUUGGUUGAUUUUCUAGAAACAGUUGUACCCUGCAAGUACAAUGUAGCACAGGAGCUUGUGACCCACGACCCACACAAUAAUACAUACACAUACAAACACACUUUCUCUGUGUCCAUUGUACCCAUAUGUAAGGAUAAUGUAGUGUGUCUGCCACAGAAGCUGGCUCAGUCGCUGGGAAAUAUCAACCCUAUCUGCGUCUGCUACAAAGUGACUCAGGCUGUCCACAUUAUAGACCCCAACACACUACAGAUUGCAGAGAUCAGUGGAUCAGUGUUCUUCAGGUCUCCAUUCAGUAGCCUUUGCUCUCCAAAACAGAUGGUGGAGUUCAUGGUCAUGCAAGUAGACUUCAUAUCAGACAGGGAUCAGAGUAAACGACGGGUUCCUGUGUCAAACAAGCAUGUCCUAGCUGAUGUAUGGCUGGCCAGAAUCACCAGCUCUGGACUAAGUGAUCAACAGCUUUUCUGUCGUACCUUCCUUGGUCAUUUGCUGAACUCUGGGGAUACAGUACUAGGAUUUGAUUUCACCAAUGCCAAUCUGAACAACCGAGAGUUGGAGAAGGUAAAACCUGAGAACAUCCCAGAUGUUGUGAUUGUCAAGAAGGUGUUUGGAGACAAGACACAAAGGAACAAAAAGCGUCGAUGGAAGUUAAGACAUCUCCAUGAAGACACGACAGGAAAUGACAGGGAUUACAACGAUUUCUUGGAAGAUUUGGAAGAGGACCCAAAUUAUCGACAAGGCGUCAAUAUCUAUAAAGAUGCCAACAAGAUUGCUGUUGAUGCAGAUGACACUGAUGAUGAAGGCAUGCCUCAGAUCAGUCUCCAAGAGAUGCUUGAUGAUCUACAUAUUGAAGAAGAUGCCACUGGUGGGGAGGGAGCUGAUAUGAUUGAAUAACAUUUAAAAAUAUGAUUUCAUGUCUGAGGAGAGAACUGAUAUAAUGGAAAAGUGUUUAAAAAAUCUUUAGACUUCAUAUGUGGGUUUAGGAACUUGAUUUGAUAUAAAAAUGAAGAAAAACAUGACUGAAAUAUUUUGAUUUCAAUUUUGUGCAUACCUAUAGUCAUAACAACUUCAGUGUACAUAAUAUCUAACUCCCAUAUUACCUUCAAGAAAUAUUUCUCAUGCCCCCUUUUGUGUGAAACAAAAUACAGAACUUUUGCUCUUUUUGUUUUCCUAUGUUAAGUUAUAAAGUAAUAACCCCCUCAUUCCCCAAACUCAUUGAUCAAAUGCUGUUGUAGGUAAAGAUCGCACUAGGGAAAAUGUCUAUAAAAUGCAUGCCUCCUAGGUUAGUGCUUUAUCAGUAGUGUUAAAAUGUAUUGUAACAUCAAGCUCUGUGUACCUUCUAUAACUUAAUUCUUUUAGUUUGUAACAUAUUUUUGAAGCUUUGCCAAUAGGUUUUCUUAUCCAACUUAUUUGAAUAUGUUAUUUUAAAACUGAAUGUGAUUAUUCAGUGAAUUGGUUUUUGUGGAAUAUGCAAACUCUGGAAUGAGCAUUUUCUUUAAUCAGGUUGAUCAUUGACAUCUACUGAAAAUAAAAUUAUCUACUUCA